UGACCCCCUCUCCCCGUCUUCAAACCCGCUCCAGACAUGCACGCUCUGUGCCACCCUCCCCUGAGCCCCCCAGGCCACCAGUGCCCCCAGUCCCCUUGGUGCCCUCAUCCUCAGUGCCAUUAGGGCCCCUAGGACCCCCAGUUCCCUCAGUGCCAUUAGGACCCCCAGUUCCCUCAGUACCAUUAGGGCCCCUAGGACCCCCAGUUCCCUCAGUGCCAUUAGGGCCCCUAGGACUCCCAGUUCCCUCAGUGGCAUUAGGGCCCCUAGGACCCUCAGUACCAGUGUUUACCCGCCAUCAACCACCCUCCGUAUCAUCAGCGCCCUCACUGCCUGCCUUUACCCACUAUCAACCACCGGCACUGCCCAAAAUCUUCCGUCCCAGCAGCGGCUCAGGUACCUGCAGCCAGGCAGAUGGACUGAAUGAUGCUGCCUUGACAAGUGCUUAAUGAAGCUUAACUUGUUUCUAAAUCUGCAUGAUGGUACUCCCUGAAUUGCUUAUGAAUUACCUUUUAAUUUUGUUCAACAAAAGUAUCCCCCAGGCAAGAGCAUGGUGUAGUAAUGUCUGGGGUUGGGCUGUCUUACGAGAGUGAGUUGAGCAACGUACAAAUGACUAGCAGCAUCGACCAGUGGCACUUUUGAACCUGCUUGCUUGUGUUGAAGACUUUUUCUGAAGAGAACACCAGUGUUACUGUAAGUUAACAGAAAUGUUCUCUGCGUUAUUAACAGGAAACUGUGGUUAAGGAAAGUAAAAGUAACAUCACUGCAUGUCAUACUGCAUGUCUAUUUGCAGUAUCCCUCUUUCCACCAAGUCCUCGCUCUCACUCAUUGGUUUCUACUAUUUAUCUAUUUCUGCUAUUUUUCUUCCCUAUUUUCCUUUUCUUCUUGCUCCUAGCGCCCGUGUCUUUUCUGAGUAGUCUCCCGGGGGCUUUGUGUGGCCCUGCAGUGGAUUUGAAGCCCCGGGGUGUUGGUCAAGUGGCCCCCGAUCGGCCCCAGUUUAGACCAGCUGAGCCCCUGGCCUCUGGCCUCUCUCAACACCCCUCUCUACCCUCCGGCCCACAGAGAGGUACCGGAUGCAUGGAAGGUCAUAGGUCAAAGGCCACCUGCUUAUCACAUUGGCUAUUCUAUGUCUUUAAGUUGGACUGGGUUUGAGUGUCUAAUGCUCUAGUUUUUCACUAUCAUCUUUCUGUCCUGUCUUCUCCUUCAUGCCUGAUGCCCGCCCUCCCUCUCUUCCUCUCUUCCUCUCCUGCAGCUCGCUCAAAUGUCUUCCGUCCUCAGAUUGUAUCGACUCAACAGCGUCCGUCCUCCCCCUCUAUCUUUUCCUCUGCUGCAUCUCUUCAAGACGAAAACACUGCUACUGCCCUGUCUCAGGCAGAGCCAUCCCUACCCAAACCUCAGCUCCCCAACACUCCACCAAAGAUCCAGAGGGAGUUAAAUACACUCACAGAAGAGGAAUACCACAGUCCUGCUACACUUGGGCCGAAACUGUCGGAGCAGCAGAGCCUGUCUGUCUCAAGUGAGACCCUUCCCCUGGCCCUGAACAGAGGGGACGAGUCUCUCCGCUCGCCCAGAACUGCUGGCACCAUCAGGAUCGCCAACCAACAAGCCUCUGCGUCCCUGGAGAGAGACCGGGAGAGCCGACCGGAGUCCGAGAAAGCCGUGGGGUUGAAAGAUGGCGGGACCUUUAAAGGUUCUGGGCAAGAUGGCAGCCCAGCAACUGGUAUCCCUGGCCCUACGCCCACAGAAGUCUCUGAAUCAGCAGAGCUUAUUCCAGCGCUCCCUCCUCCAUGGCCUUUCUCUAGCCCGGAGACAGAAGCACCAGAGAGCACUACCCCUAAAGAGCCUUCUACCAACAUCCUGGGAGCAUUUAGUGCUGAUAUCCCGCCAUUGGCCGGAAAGAAGUCUGGCUUCAAACAGACAUCCAAUGAGACCAAGGAAGUGCCUUAUCAACCUGCCAAGCCAGAGGACUCCUCUCCCUCGACCCUGGACAAAACACUUUUUAUUGCAGACAAGCCGCCAUUGGCUGAGCCUGAGCUCGACUUUGAUGACGUAAUCAUAGAGACGCCUGAUCCAUCAGUCACGGCAGGUAACUUGUUUUUGGAGGACAACGCAGGCGAAGAGGGAUCAAAAGCGGACACAAUAAAGAGGUCGCCAUUCAGCAUCUUGAAGACUCAAAUGGAACAUCUGGCUGGAGGUGUUGAACAGGAAGCUGAUGUAAAUUCAACGGCAGGGCCAUAUUCAAAAAUGGCAACAUCAAAAGAGCACAGGCCAGUUGACACGCAGCUACUUCCAGAGAUUGUAAACAUCACGUGUGAAGACACAGCCGAGAAGCACGGCAAAGGCCAAGAGAAGCCCGUGGAGAAGAAGCAGGAGAAACAAAGGCCGACACCUGAUUUUCCCUGUUUAUAUGACCUCAACAAGUCAGAUGAAGACAAGGAAAUUAUGAAAAACAUGGCUGCCCUGGAGGCUUGUCCUCCCAGUAUGACAUCCACACCAGCUGAGUCAUCCAGUAUUCAUACUCAAGAGCUCCCUCCUCUGGAGAAAAAGCCAAUCAAAGCUAAAAGGCCAUCAUGGGCUGAGGAGGUUAUGGGCUCCAAAGAGGAGGACAAGAAACAGAUGGACAAUCAACCCCAGGAUGAGAAGGCCUCAUUAUCACAAGCUGAUGAGCACAAAUCACCCCCCCUUGAAGUUCAAGCUAACAGGAGUGAUGAGGAGUCACAUAGUUCAGAAUGGAAUUCAACGGAAGAGGAGGCAGGCAUUUUGGAAGCCCACAGAGGGGAUACUGGCUGUGUUCAGAAAGAACGUUCCUCUGACCACGUGUCAUCAAAAGCGGACACAUUUCCCUUGUCAGGCAGUGUCAGUGUAGAUAGAACCAUAGAAAUAGAUUUACUAUCAAAUAUCAGUAAUCCUAUUUCUAUAGUGAAAACCAUGGAUGCCACGCCAGGAAGUCUAGAGACACCCCAUGUGGCUGAACCCCCUCAAUAUCAAGUUGUUGAACCUAUGGUCCAAUUCAGCUUGACAUUAGAGACCAUAGCUGAGGAUGCAGUGGCGCAGGCAGAGCUUCCCCUCUGGGAGGCUCUGGAGGAGAACGCUCAGGAUCCGAAACCAGAGCAGGACUCUGGAGAGGAGACGAUCAAAGAUGAAGUCCUCGGAGAGGAACAGGGGAAAGUCGAUGAGAACAUGCUAGUGCCGGGCGUAGAAUCACCGGAGACAGGCUCAGACAAAGCUGUUAAGCCAGAAGCUGGCAUUAGCAGAGAUGAAGGUCACAAGACAAUCACCUCCGAUGAAUCAGAGGUGUUCCAAAUACCACCCACCCCAGAGCCCACACCCCAGUCUCCUGAAUCACUUCUAAAGGAGACUAUUGUAGAGGAGGGUCAAGACAGUGAACCAUCAACUUCACCGUGUACACCCCCUCGGCACCUCCCCACGAAGGUGUUCAGUAGCUCCACCAUGAAGCGCUCAUUGCAGAUAGACACGCUUGUGUCAUUGGAAGCAGCCAUUUCUCCAGCUGGAGAGUCAGAUUUAAACGAAGAGGACCUAUGCGAUAUGAAGCGUCCUCCCAGCACAGGGGCUGUAGAGGCAGAGAAGCCUCUAUGGGCUGCUUUAGAAGAGAAAACUAAGGAGAAAGGGACAGAGGGAGUAGGCAUGAGCACAUUGGAGGCAACAAAGAGUACCUUGCAAACAGGCCCGUCUGGACAGGGAUCUGUAGCAGAGAUCCACUUGACUGAGUACCUAGAGGACACUCCCCUCCCAUCUCCCUCCAAGGAAAAUAGAGAAAUAGACAUUUACUUUGACUGUGACAGCUCAGUGGAAUUGUACACGCCAUCAGAGGAGGCCCCCAUUCGCCUUCCUAAGAAGAAGAAGCAAUUAUACCUGGAAAAAUGUGCUGUUGUCAACACGGAGAGUGAAGAAGGUGAAAGUGGGUCUGGUUCCUCCAUGGUCGGCCCAGGACAAGCCGACAAUGAGCAGCAGCUAGAUCCGGUGUGGAAGAAAAGUUCCGUGGACGCAUCAGAUUUAAGUACAAGAGAAGAGUUGGAAGAUGAGCAGGUUUUGGGGAGGCUGGCGCAGGUUCCCGUAGCUGUACAGGAGGAGGGUCUUGAUGUUGAUGUCUUCAUGAGAGCAUUAGUGAGGGCCAUGUACAGAGGUUAUGAGACUGUGACUUCCAUACUUCAGCCAUCUGGCCUAAUGAUGUCUAAUGAUGAGGUAGGAGAACCAGACUCAAGACCACUUUCUCCAUCUGAGUUUGAGAUCCUACCACCUGAAGCCUUUUCUGAUGCAUUGGAGGAACUUCCAGUCAUGGUCACAGACUCAUCACCGGUCCAGUUGGCCCACAAGAAUGAAACGACUGAAGAGACUGGCAGGCUAAGCUUAGUGGAGACUUUGUGUUUAGCUGCUGUGGAGCAAGAGAUGUUCAAGGACCCAAUCACCAAAUUUGAGCAAGAGGUCAAACCUCUGAAGGAGUCCACCAAACCACAUAAAGAGACUACCAAACCACUGAAGGAGAGCACAGAACCACUGAAGGAGAGCACAGAACCACUGAAGGAGAGCACAGAACCACUGAAGGAGAGCACAGAACCACUAAAGAAGAGCACAUACCCACUAAAGAACACAGAACCACUGAAGCAGAGCACAGAACCACUGAAGGAGAGCACAGAACCACUGAAGGAGAGCACAGAACCACUGAAGGAGAGCACGGAACCACUGAAGGGGAGCACAGAGCCACUGAAGGAGACGAACACUGCGAAGGAUGUUCGUCCACCUGUGUUACCACCUGUAGAAAAUGAAAAGGAUGCAAAAAGCUGUACAGACGAUUUCCCACCACUGAGAGAAGCAGAGCUGGAUGAAAUAGCUUAUGAGGAGUGCUUGGAAGACAAUGACGACGACGCCACCCCUAUCGUUAACUCCACUAAAGCCCGUAAAGAGACAGUCAAGGGAAAGACCAAGACAGUGUUCAUGCCUGACAGCGAUUCAGAUGAGUUGGAGUUUGAGAUGGGGCAGGAGGAUAUAGGCACAGUGUGGCUAGCAGAGUUGUACAUGGAUGCAGGUCGAGCGGUGUUCUCUUCUUCACCACCUGCUCCGCACGAGGUCAACCGCCCUGAUAGUGUGUCCACACAGCAGGCCACAUCAGUGGGGUCCCACCCUGCAGGACCUAUUACUGGAACCAUUGAACUGGAGCCACUUCCCCGUCGUCGCAGCAACAAAAAAAAAUGCACUCCUCCAGUGCCUCUUCAGGAAGUAGGUCCAGAGAGAGUUAGUCAAGACACGGCACCUGUUGCCAGUUGCCUGGCUCCACCAAAGCGAAUCAAAAAGAAAACUGUUCCACCACCCGAUAGUACGGAUAGUGAGGCAAUGGCACGAGAGAGCAGCAAAUCUAGCUUAAAGAAGACUUUUAACACUGACGCUAAAGAGGAAGACAUUCCAAAACCACUAAUCCUCGCCAUGGAAACGACUUCUUCAGAUAGCAUUCUGGUGACAGCCAGAGAGAAGGGAGCCAAUGACGAGCCUCAUCUAGCAAAGGAGGGUAAUGAUGAGAAAGAUGUCCCAGAGAAAGAUGUCUCUGUCAGCUCAGUGGUCCCAUGGCCUCUACGGCCCUCUCAACCUGGAACACGUCCCAAGGUCCCUCACGUAAUCACUACGGAACCCCCCAAAGAGGACCUAAGCCUAAUUGAGGAGGAAAUGUUGCUGCUGGCUAAGAUUAGUCAGAUGGCAGGAGAAGAGCCAUCAGAUGUGCCUGUGUUUGUGCCUGUGCCUACCACGCGCUUCAGGAAACGCCUGAUCCCCUCCUUCCAUGAGGACGACCCUUUUCUGAACCCAGAAGAUCUCCCAGCCUCCGAGGCCAGUGAGGAACAAGAGACUCCAUUACCAGUGAUCCCUCAGGAAGCCAGUCUAGACAGGCCUGAGCCAAACCUCCUAGAUCUAGAUGGAAGGAAAGGGCGGCAGGAAAUCAUUAGUGAGCCCUCCACCAUAGCCGCCUCCUCAUCAAAUUGUAGCCCAUCAGAAACGAUUACUGAGGUUAAUCCGGUGGUGGCAACCACUGAGGGUAUGACAUCAUCAGACUCUGCUGUGAACUCGACAGUCCGUUCAAAGGAGCCAGCGGAGGUUGAGGAAAGUAUCCCGAUGACAGAGACGGUGACAGAUGGGGUACCUGUUGAAACAGGGUUGAAAGUAGACAGCGGUGCGCUCUCUAUAGUUUACCGUGUCCCUGCCCAAGAGGAGCGCUUGUUAUUGACUGAAACCGGGGCAACAGUCCUCAUUGGGAAGGUGCCUGAAUCAGGGGUCGAGGAGGAGGAUGGUCUUGAGAUAGAACAGGAUGCUACUCUGUGCACUGUAGAUACACCAGUGGACGGGGUGGAUGAACAAUCUGAGAUGGCUGAGGGGGGAAAGACGUCCGGUGACCUGGCUGUCCCAACGAUAUACUCAGCCACCCAGCCAUCCGCACCAGACACCACAACCCAGAGGAACGACCAGCCCCCAGCCACCAGCCCAGGCAGUGAAGAACCACAGUCCAAUGGACAGACCCCAGCAGAUAAGGGGGUCACCUCUGGUCAAGCGUCGGACACGAUUGUACCUCCCCGACGCAGCAAGAAGAAAACCCUUUCCUUUCCCGUGGUCCUUCAGGAAGUUGCCCCGUGGUCCUCCGCUACCACGGCGGACAAGGAUGAAGCCGAUAGGAAAGAUGUGCUAGUCGUCAGCCGACAGGUGAUGUCAGGUCCACUGCCCAGUCCCGGGCUGGUCACCUCCAGCAAGUCUCUGCUGGAGUGGUGCCAGGAGGUUACGAAGGGGUAUAAGGGAGUGAGGGUCACCAACUUUAACACCUCCUGGCGUAAUGGCCUGGCUUUCUGUGCCAUCCUACACCACUUCUAUCCCGACAAGAUAGAUUUUGAGGCACUGGAAACCAACGACAUCAAGUUAAACAACAAGAAGGCCUUUGAUGGCUUUGCCGCGCUGGGCAUCUCCCGUCUAAUGGAGCCCUCAGACAUGGUACUGCUCUCUGUGCCAGACCGCCUGAUCGUCAUGACUUACCUGAGUCAGAUCCGCACCCACUUUACAGGGCAGGAGCUGAGUGUGCUUCAGAUAGAGCACAACAGCAGCCAGUCCAGCUAUGCAGUGACUGAGCCCAGUCAGGGUUCUGAUGUGGAUGCUGCUGCUCGCUUCUGUGCCCGCAAGCUACAGGAAGGUAGCAUCUCCCUGGAGGACGGUGCGACAGAACAGGCCUCUAAGCCCAAUGGGAGUCUAGUGCCACCGCCUCGGACGAAACGGUUGACAAAGGGGGAGGAGAAGGGGAGCGGAGCUGGGGGUUUGGAAGGGGGAGCGGGUGGAUCACAGACGCCAGUGCCUCCACCCAGGUCACACGCCUCUGCAGCGAAAUCCGGAUUUGGUCACGUGAGAGAUGCCGACCUGGUGAAGAAAAGGCGCUUGCGGCUGAAGAGUGAGUCUAUGGAUGAAGGGGACGGGCUGGAGCAACAGAGUAGCACAUCCAAGAGCACAGAGUCAGCUGAAAGUGUAUCAGACAGAGCAGUGAAGAACGGCUCCUCAGAAUCAGAGACAAUGAGCCCAGUGCCUGUCCAGGAGUCCAGUGUCUCAAGCCAGGAGGAGGAUACUCUGCGUCUGCAGGACACCAGUCAGUAUGUGCUGAGUGAGCUGCAAGCCCUGGAGACUGAACAGAAGCACAUUGACAACCGAGCAGGCGUCGUGGAGAGGAGACUCAGAAGACUGAUGGAAUCAGGUAGCGACCAGGACGAGGAAGAGAAGCUGAUCCAGGAGUGGUUCACUCUGGUCAACAAGAAGAACGCCCUUAUAAGGAGACAGGACCACCUGGAGUUGCUGCAGGAGGAGCAGGACUUGGAGAAAAGAUUUCAGCUACUGAAUAGAGAACUCCGAGCCAUGAUGGCCAAUGAAGAGUGGCAGAAGACUAAUGCCCAGCAACACCGAGAGGAGCUCCUGCUGCAGGAACUGGUCUCUCUGGUCAACCAGCGGGACGAGCUGGUCAGAGACAUGGACGCCAAAGAGCGAGGGGCCGUUGAGGAGGAUGAGCGCCUGGAGCGGGGGCUAGAGCUUAGACGCAGGAAGUUCAGCAACAAAGACAAGUGUGUGCUACAGUGAGAGAAGGGACAACAAUGACAAAUACCAACCCAUCCAGGAACUAAACCUCCACAAUCCCUGCUUCAUACCAAGCUCUCACUCACUCAGCAUCCUACAGUAUGAAACAGCCCUAGGAACCUGCCACCCCAGCAACAAAUCCAAAGCCCUCUGCACCGAUGGGAUGAUUGUCAAGCAGUGUUAUCUCUCCUUAACUGGGAUUUUGGGACUGGUCAUUAAUGAUCAAUUAUGUCCCCUGGGACGCUGGCGCUGUGUGCCUUCCCCUUUGGAGAUACUUGAACCAAAUUUAACCCUUUACAGUGAAGGUCCCUCAUUCAUUUCAAACUUUUGAUUGAAAAAACGAGGACCUCUACAGUUGUCAGUCAAUAUGCCUUACUCUGUCAUUCAGUAGACAGAAAGCCCACUGUACCAACAGGUGUGUGUGUGUGUGUGUGUGUGUGUGAGUGUGUGUGUGUGUGUGUGUGUGUACACCUUUAGCCCACCAAGAAGAUAAGUGGUUCCGUAAUUAAGUGCCUACUCUCACAUCUGUAAACAUGUCAUUGAUCUUAUCUGGUCUGACAAUAUACGAUAAUCAACUAUAUUAGAUAGUUUGCGCUUUGCCUUAAUGCUUUGGUGGAACUGGUUAUUAAAAGAACGGUCUGGUGGUUUCGCGCAAAAUAUUAAAAGGGCUCUGUACACAGGAGGACUGACCGUUCUGUGUUUUACUUUGGACCCAGAUGUUUGACAACAGACUCAAGAUGCGAGAGUACCACGUAUUGAGCUUUUCUGGUGUCAAAUGUGUUUUCAAUUUUCAAUCCUUCUUUUAUUUAUGGUUUGGACAUUUUGCAUGAGAAAUGUUUGGGUUCGGUGUGUGUCAUAUUGAGCAUAUAUGAACAGUCAAUCAAUCGACCCCGAAAUGAAAGGAAAAGAGGACAGUGAACAAAACGUGAGACUUUAGUUGUAGAGAGAAGCUAGUAGGACUACUUGGAAGACAUACAGGACAAUAAAUACCAUCCUGUAAAUAUUAAUAUUUAUACUCUGUUAUAACCUGGCACUGCAGUUCUUUUCAUGUUUUUUUGUUUGAUAGCAAAGACCUUUUAGUUUCACAUUUCUAUUAUCACAGAUGAUGAUGAUUUGUUACUAACCACUGGUCCAACGGAAAAUGCAAUGGCGUAUUACUUUGUCCCAGCCUCUUUUUAAAAAGGACAUUCGAACACAAUAUGUUUUGUUUAAACUAGGGAAUGAUAAAUAAUACAUUUUUGACGUUUAAAAAGAAAAUUGGGAGUUUGUUUGAAUAAGUUUCCUCUAAUUUGUUGUCAUAUCUUUAUGUGGUACUUGUUCACUUUUUUUUCAUGGAGGGAUGUCAUUGUGUUCUGUGAAUGAGGAGUCAUUUCUCAAUAUCUAUAUUAUUGUGAUCGUGCACUAUUAUACUGAACAGAAUAUAAACUCAACAUGCAACAAUUUCAAUGAUUUUUACCAAGUUACACUUCUUGUGAAAUAAAUUCAUUGGAUUUCAUAUGACUGGGCAGGAGUGCAGCCAUGGGUGGGCCUGGGAGGCCAUAGACCCCACCCACUUGGGAGCCAGGCACACCCACUUGGGAGCCAGGCACACCUACUGGGGAGCCAGGCCCGGCCAAUCAGAAUGAGUUUUUCCCCACAAAAGGGCUUUAUUACAGAUAGAAACACAUUAGCUGUCUGGGUGGCUGGUCUCAGACAAUUCCGCAUGUAAAGAAGCCGGAUGUGGAGGUCCUGGGCUGGCAUGGUUUCACGUGGUCUGCGGUUGUGAGGCUGGUUGGACAUAUUGCCAAAUUCUCUAAAACGACGUUGGAGACGGCUUAUGGUCGAGAAAUGAACAUUGAAUUCUCUGGCAACCGCUCUGGUGGACAUUCCUGCAGUCAUGCAUGACAAUUGCACUCUCCCUCAAAACUUGAGAUAUUUGUGGCAUUGCGUUGUGUGACAAAACUGCACAUGUUAGAGUGGCUUUUUAUUGUCCCCAGCACAAGGUGGACCUGUGUAAUGAUUAUACUGUUUAAUCAUCUUCUUGAUAUGCCAAACCUGUCAGGUAGAUGAAUUAUCUUGUCAAAUGAGAAAUGCUCAGUAACAGGGAUGUAAACAAAUGUGUGCACACAAUUGGAGAGAAAUAAGCUUUUUGUGCUAAUGGAACAUUUCUGGGAUCUUUUAUUUCAACUCAUGAAACAUGGGAACAACACUUUAUAUCAGUGGUUCCCAACCAGUAGUACUAGGACCCCUGGGGGUACUUGAAGACUCCUGAGACCAUAGGCUUACUGGUAAAAUGCACAUGAGGAGGUACUUAAGGGGUAAUGCAGGCAGAGCAAAAUACAGUUGGUGGUACAGUAAACGAAAAUGGUUGGUAACCCCUGCUUUACAUGUUGCGUUUAUAUUUUUGUUCAGUAUAUUUAUAACAUUUGUGCAUGAUGAAUAAAUAAGCCUCCUUUGGUAAGAA